AUCUGGAAAAGAGUUCUCUAGGAAGGGGGCAGCAUGUGCAGUCGUGCUGUCAAGAAAUCACCAAAAUUUAUCACUAGAUCGCCUUCAAUGGAUCUUCCAGCCACUCCAAAAACAAACCUGGGGGAACAGAUCCUCCAUUUUAGCCAUCCACAGCACCCUUUAGUUCAAGUCAGUUACCCCUACCUCUUUACAUGCAUGGGAUGCAAAGAAUAUGGUGCAGGAAAAAGGUUUAGGUGCCAGAUAUGUGGGUUUGAUCUGCAUGAUUUCUGCGCACUUGCUCCUCCCUCUCUACAUAACCAUCCUUUGCACCACAAACACCAGCUUGUGUUUUUCCCAAAACCAGGUGGAUUUCUUCGCUCGAAAUGUGAUGUCUGUGGCAAACCUGCCAAAGGAUUUGCCUUUCGUUGCAGCUCGUGCAGUUUUGAGAUGCAUCCUUGCUGUGCUAUGAUGUCUAGGGAAAUGAAGUUCUCGACUCACCAGCAUCCCUUGACUCUUUCACCACCUACGGCAAUCAUGGGAGGUGAUUCGAGCUUUGCCUGUGAGGUGUGCCAAAGGAAAAGGUCUGGCCAGGUUUAUUGUUGCAUGGCUUGUGGUUAUUAUCUUCAUGCUGUCUGCGCAAAAGAUAUGAUUAAUGGGCUUCAUGUCCAUGGCAUUAGGCCUCCCGAAAAAUCUAACAUGCUCGGGGCGGCGGCUAAGCUUGCAACUCAGGCCAUAUUUGGAAUCAUUGGAGAUCUGAUUGAAGGAAUUGGAGAAGGCAUUGGGGAAGCAAUCAUCGAUGACCUUGGGACAGGUCGAAGCAAAAGUAUCAGAACUAAAUAGAGAUUGGCAGAAAUGAUAGACAAACUGGAGAAAGGGGAAUGUGUUCGAGAAUUUGGAAAUUCUGGGACCAGUGAGAAUAAAACAGCCAUGGAUAUGUCUGCUAGUUUAUGAUGUAAUUGCUCUUGUUCUUCAAUAUCAUUAAGUGUGUGUUUUCAAACUUGUCGGUGGUUUGUAUAUUGUAAUUCGUGUCUUGACUUAAUAAUUUAAUAUGAAGCUUGUUUUGCAUCUAAAUUAUGCAUGAAAAGU